GCCCCACUGAAAACCUGAAAAAAACAAAAAUUUUUUAAAAUUCGUCGCGAAAGGUUGUGUUUCGGUAAAAAUACGCGCGCUUUGGCGAAUGACGCAGACCAGAAGAUUCUGCACGUUCUGCACCCGAAGAUUUCCUUUGCUUUGCCAACAACAACAACAGCACCUUCGCCGGAUAGCAGCAGCCGCAGCAACAACAUCACCAACGCUGAGGAGGGGGCGCGUCGCAAUUAGUCUCUAAAUUCCGAAUAGUUUAUAAAGAAAGGGCAGCCAUGUCGGAAGCCAUCAAGUCCAACAACAAUGCAUCGUCCGGUGCUCCGCCUGAUCCUGCCGCUGGUGAUGCUGAUGCAGGAUCUGGCAAAGCCAGUGAAGCGGCCAGUGGACCAGCAACACCGCGCAGCGGCAAUCACAACAAUAACAACAGCGGCAGCAACACCAAAAGCCACAAGCUGAAGUCCACACAAAAUAGCAGCGGGGGCGGUAGCAUAGACAAACUGUCACCGGAUCAGGACAUUUACAUCAAUGCCGCCGAUGGUCUGCCCAGUCAGCAUCCAUCGCUGCCACCGGAAACGGCCGUGGACAGCGACACGGAACCGGAAGUGGAUCCCGAUUCGUUUGACGACCUGCCCACCUCGAUAAUCGUGACCAACAUUCAUUCGGAGGUUUUCGCCAAUCCGGAGUUGAAGCACGCAAUGGAGGAGCUCUUUCGCACAUUUAGCGAAUCGGCCACAUUCCAGUGGCUAAGGAGCUUCCGGCGGCUGAGGGUCAACUACGACAAUGCCAUUGCGGCGGCCAAUGCGAGGAUUAAGCUGCAUCAGUAUGAGUUCAACAAGAAGACGGUCAUCACCUGCUACUUCGCACAGCCGGUGACACCGGUUAGCAACAAGAAUCUGCAGCCACCGGCGCCGGUCAAACAGUUCCUCAUCUCGCCGCCCGCCUCACCGCCAGCCGGCUGGGAGCCGCGCGAGGAGGGUGAGCCGUUGGUCAACCAUGAUCUGCUGGCCGCCCUGGCCAGUCUGACGCCCGGCGAAUCGCACGAGUUGCACCCACAGAGCGAGGACCAGCCGGCCAUCAUUGUGCACACGGCAAUGCUGCCCGAAGGAGGCGGAGGUCCAGGCCUGGCCACGGCCAAGGCGCCGAUUGUCCAGACCAAGUGUCCGGAGCGGGCAUAAUGAGGACAUGGAGAGAUCAGACGAAGCAGCUCAAUGGAAGCUGAAUAUCGAAACCUGAGUUGUACAUCCAAAACGAAGGGGGUUGGGACCGUUGGGGACCGUUCCGGUUGGGGCUUUGAUUGAGUAUUUUUUGUAAAUAUUUUCCGAUUCAAUUGUGAUUAAUUUACACAUACAUAAAUUUAGCUACGUU